UAUACGAACGUGGUGUGUUUCUCAUAUGUGGAAUACAUAUGUAAUUCAUAAUUACUGGUUUCAAAUGAUACAUGCAGGGAGAAUAUAUGUUCCAACAAGCUGUGUGUUUGUCUAUGUGUUAAACUUUCUCAUACAUAUUGAUAAAGACGUCAUGCUGAAACCUCAAACCUGUAAUUGAUGCCAGGAGGUAAAUCUAAUCAGGUGUGACCUCAGGUGACAGGUGUGAAAGUAUUGCUAGUAUGAGUAUUAAGUAUUGACUGUCACUUGAUACAGGAAGUGCUUGCAUUCAGACAGUGGGUCUGGAUCAGAGAAACAUGUUCACCUGGACUAAGAGAAGACUAGGACUUCUGGCUGGGAUUCUAUACAUGUUUCAUCACUGUCUUAUCUGAUUAAACAGUCACAGGUUGAGGCAAGGAUUUGACGUUUGUGCAUCCGGUGAACUUGACAACCUUGUUUGAGUUAUGGUUGUCUGAAGGAAUAGUUUAGCUGGAUAUGACAGGAUCCUGGUUCGGACAUUCUGUGAUGUGAUGGAACUUGGAUUAGGAUAAUUCUGGAUUGGAUGAUUUUGCCACAUUGUUAGAGGGAGAGGCUGGCAUCAUGGGGAUGGUGGAUGUGUGUGUGUCCGAGUUCACUGCUCACCAGGACAAGUUCGUUCUGGAGGAGGUGAUUGGCAGGGGUGUGUCGAGCACGGUGCGGCGGUGUGUGGAGAAGGCAUCAGGGACAGAGUACGCCGUCAAGAUCAUCGACAUCAGUGGGGAGAAGGGUGAGGAACACCAGGUGGAGCAGCUGAGGCGAGACACCUCCCGCGAGAUCAACAUCCUGCGCAUGUGUGCCGGACACCCACAUAUCAUUGAGCUCCAUGACGUGUUUGAAACACCAACAUUCAUCUUCCUGGUGUUUGAAUUAUGUAAGAAGGGGGAGCUGUUCGACUACCUCACAGAGGUUGUGUCAAUGUCGGAGAAGAGGACACGGAUCAUCAUGACACAGCUGCUGGACGCGGUAGAGUACGUCCACUCCAAGAACAUCGUGCACCGCGAUCUGAAGCCUGAGAACAUCCUACUGGACGACAAUCUGAACGUGAAGCUGUCUGACUUUGGCUUUGCUACCGUGCUAGCCCCAGCUGAAGAACUCACAGAGUUGUGUGGAACCCCUGGUUACUUGGCGCCGGAGGUUCUCUCAGUGUCAAUGUACGACAACGUGCCUGGAUACGGCAAGGAAGUAGACAUGUGGGCAUGUGGAGUCAUCAUGUACACAUUGCUGUGUGGGUCUCCACCGUUCUGGCAUCGGAAGCAGAUGAUGAUGCUGCGAGCUAUCAUGCAGGGUAACUACCACUUCAACAGCCCUGAGUGGGACGACAUCACAGAACCUCCCAAAGAACUGAUCUCCAAGCUGCUAGUGGUUAAUCCAUCUCAGCGGUACACUGCCAAGGAAACUCUAGCACAUCCGUUCUUCAAGAGAGAGUUUGUCCCCGUGAAGAAGUUCCAUGCUAGAAGAACUUUCAGGGCUGCAAUCCUGUGCACAAGGUUCUUUUUCCGAUUAAAGCAUUUUUAUGAGAACCCACCCCCUAUAUCACUGGAUGUGGUGACAACGAACCCCUACAGCGUCAAAUUGUUCCGAAAGCUGAUAGACGGAUGUGCGUUCGGGAUGUAUGGACACUGGGUUAAAAAGGGAGACAACCAAAACAGAGCUGCUCUGUUCGAGCAUUCGCUACGAGAUGACUGGAAAAAUGAUGUGAAACUUUAAUGACAUGUUGUGCUUAGAAUUUUUCAAUUUCUAUGGAGAAUUCAUCAAAGGUACUCCCUAGCUGCUCAUGGUUAAACAAAGGGUGUGGAUGUGACCCAUACCUCAUGACUGUAACUGUUGACUUGAGUGUUCAGUCUCCCAUUGUUGUCAGUUGGAUGUCAUGUUGAACAUGUUUAAAUGUCCCAACGUUCCAGCAACUCGUGAAUGACAAAGUGAAGCUGCCUGCAUCAUUCACGGGUGAGGUGACCAGUCCACCUCUGUUUUGCAGCCUGUGCACAGUCCUCCAAAUUUGGUGUCACUGGUGGAAGAGUCGAGCUAUGGUUCCACUACAGAAGCCUCGGAUGAACGAGGCAUUGUUUCGAACUACAACAUGUCUGCUUCAGUGUGUAACAGCGUUCUGUGAUACCACCCUUUGCCCUACACCUCCCCUCACUUCAUGUAACUAACAUACUCAGAAUGCAGUUCUAUGAAAUGAAUGGUUAGGGUUGGAUUGUUUGAUUCUGAUAUAUUUGCGAAGAUGUGUCACCCAAAUCUGUGACCCAGAUCAACAUGGAUAGUCUGUGAAGACAUCGACCUUGUUGUAAGCUGUGUCACCCAAUUCUGAGACCCAGAUCAACAUGGAUAGUCUGUGAAGAUAUCGACAUUGUUGAAAGCUGUGUGUAUCCAAGUCUGUGACCCAGAUCAACUGGGAUAGUUUGUGAAGACAUCGACCUUGUUGUAAGCUGUGUGUAUCCAAGUCUGAGACCCAGAUCAACGUGGAUAGUCUGUGAAGAUAUCGACCUUGUUGAAAGCUGUGUCACCCAAUUCUGCGACCCCGAUCAACAUGGAUAGUCUGUGAAGAUAUCGACCUUGUUGAAAGCUGUGUCGCCCAAAUCUGUGACCCAGAUCAACAUGGAUAGUUUGUGAAGAUAUGGACCUUGUUGAAAGCUGUGUCACCCAAAUCUGUGACCCAGAUCAACGUGGAUAGUCUGUGAAGUUAUCAACCUUGUUGAAAGCUGUGUCACCCAAUUCUGAGACCCAGAUCAACAUGGAUAGUCUGUGAAGAUAUCGACCUUGUUGUAAGCUGUGUCACCCAAAUCUGAGACCCAGAUCAACAUGGAUAGUUUGUGAAGAUAUUGACAUUGUUGAAAGCUGUGUGUAUCCAAGUCUGUGACCCAGAUCAACGUGGAUAGUCUGUGAAGAUAUCGACCUUGUUGAAAGCUGUGUCACCCAAUUCUGCGACCCCGAUCAACAUGGAUAGUCUGUGAAGAUAUCGACCUUGUUGAAAGCUGUGUCGCCCAAAUCUGUGACCCAGAUCAACAUGGAUAGUUUGUGAAGAUAUCGACCUUGUUGAAAGCUGUGUCACCCAAAUCUGUGACCCAGAUCAACCUGGAUAGUCUGUGAAGUUAUCGACCUUGUUGAAAGCUGUGUGUAUCCAAGUCUGUGACCCAGAUCAACGUGGAUAGUCUGUGAAGAUAUCGACCUUGUUGGAAGCUGUGUCAACCAAAUCUGUGACCCAGAUCAACAUGGAUAGUCUGUGAAGAUAUCAACCUUGUUGAAAGCUGUGUCGCCCAAAUCUGUGACCCAGAUCAACAUGGAUAGUUUGUGAAGAUAUCGACAUUGUUGAAAGCUGUGUCACCCAAAUCUGUGACCCAGAUCAACGUGGAUAGUCUGUGAAGUUAUCGACCUUGUUGAAAGCUGUGUGUAUCCAAGUCUGUGACCCAGAUCAACAUGGAUAGUUUGUGAAGAUAGGGACAUUGUUGAAAGCUGUGUCGCCCAAAUCUGUGACCCAGGUCAACAUGGAUAGUCUGUGAAGAUAUCAACCUUGUUGAAAGCUGUGUCGCCCAAAUCUGUGACCCAGAUCAACAUGGAUAGUUUGUGAAGAUAUCGACCUUGUUGAAAGCUGUGUGUAUCCAAGUCUGUGACCCCGAUCAACAUGGAUAGUUUGUGAAGAUAGCGACAUUGUUGAAAGCUGUGUCGCCCAAAUCUGUGACCCAGGUCAACAUGGAUAGUCUGUGAAGAUAUCAACCUUGUUGAAAGCUGUGUCGCCCUAAUCUGUGACCCAGAUCAACAUGGAUAGUUUGUGAAGAUAUCGACCUUGUUGAAAGCUGUGUGUAUCCAAGUCUGUGACCCCGAUCAACAUGGAUAGUUUGUGAAGAUAGCGACAUUGUUGAAAGCUGUGUCGCCCAGAUCUGUGACCCAGAUCAACAUGGAUAGUUUGUGAAGAUAUCGACCUUGUUGGAAGCGCUGUGUUACCCAAUCUGUGUCCAAGUCCAACAUGUUUCCUGUCUAUGAAGCUCAUCCACCUUUGCAGGGUCGCUGUAGGAAGUGGAGUUCAAUCGGUGACUCACUAGUAUGUACUGCCAUCAGAGCACAAGACACUGGAACUAGUGCUGUGCCAGCUCACACAAUCUCAUAAUCAUCUCAGUGUGUUGUCCCCAUCAAGCUUGACUGACCAACGGAAGAUGCUAGUGAUGGUUGUUGCGUUAAAUACUCUGUGCCAAAUGAGUUUGUUUGUAUGUCCUUAGAUACUUCGGGGCCCACUAGCACAAAGCGAUCUUAGCGCUAAGAUGAUCGUAACUCCCAUACUUAGGCUUACGAUAGUCUUAGCGCUAAGAUCGCUUUGUGCAAGUGGGCCCAGGUCUAUCAGUAUAUCAGGGUAAGUGUGGGAAGAGAAUCUACUCACCGGUCUGGGAUCAGUGACCACCAAGGAUGCUAAGGGACCGACUAUUUGAUAUUCUAGGUGUGACCCUGAGAUUUUAUCAAAAAAAUGUUUGGAAAACAAAUAUUUAUUCUUCAAAUUAUUUUAAAAAAAAAGAAAUUGUCUGCCACAAAAUGAUAUUGUUACAAGAUGUUUUUAAAAAAACCUAAAUAUUUAGACUCAUAGUUUUAAUUGCAAAAAUAUCUGGUUUUACAACUGAAAGAUUGAAAGUGUCUGAAAGUGUCCCUACAAAAUCCCCCGUCCCCCAAAUAUAAAAUGGUUGGUCGCAAAACUAAAACUGACCUGGUUUUUAAAGUAUCAUUGCCCCCAUUUUAAUGUCACCAUAAGGCCAUAAUGAAUUAAUUGUUAGAUUUUCAUCCCCCCGUCUCACUGCAAAACACCACCCCACGUCAUAAGUCACUAAGUACGGCACAUUCAAAGAAAAUUGUCACUUUUGUUCCCUUCUUCCUCCAUGAUGAACUACACCAUGUAUGGUCGUACAAAACAUUCAAGCUUCAUGUGAAUCACAUCUGUCCACUGUUGGUGUGCAGAGAUCCCUUGAAGAGUUUGCUGAAAAUGAACAAAUAAAAUAUGAAAAACAAAA